AUGAAUACUGACCCCCUGUUCCAGGUCUUGGCAAAGACCAAAGGUAAUGGGUACAACACGAAAUCCUUAUGUUCUGAUAAUAUGACAAUAAUGUACAAGUGCUAUCUUGUUUCAUCAAGUCAAUGCAUGAUAUUUAACCUCUCUUGCGCCGUUCACUUCUUUCCCUUUGUCUUCUUCUUGCUAGUUUGCCUCCUCUCACCCUCGGGUCUUCCUAGUACACCUCUCGUUCUCUGGUAUUGCAAGACAAUAUUCUGCACACUACCCAUAUCAUGCUUGGGCUUCCUCAUGUAUGUCAAUCUUGCUCUCCUAGCCCUCUUAGCCUUCCUCUGUACCACCUCAAUACCUUCCACAUUUGGACUAUAUAUCUUAUACCACAUCUCAACACCAACUCUCGUCAACUCAUUCCUAAGUAAGAUACCCGUCUCCACGCCUCGUCUUCGGAUAUUGAUGCAUACUCCAGCAAAAGGGUCGCCUGUUUUAAGACGUACGAGAAGAAUAUCGCCAACUCUGGCUGCUUCUGGGUUUGUUUUGGAGAAUAGGUUGGUGCGGGCACCAGUCGGAUCGAGGACCGCUAUUUGCUCGGCGUGA